GUGCUGCAGCCCGCAGCUGAUCCCGGCGCUCAGCGGACUGCGAGACCCAGGAGCCGGAGCCGAUCGAGCGUUGCACAGCACGGGUUGGCGCGUCUGUGGGGGAUCUGCUGUGCUCGCUAGCCAAGCAUGCUGAGGUCGGACCUGCCCAGCCCUAGAGUAGAACCCUUGGCCGGAUGGAAAAUCCAUAAGAGAAAGCUCCUGUGAAAAGCUCACUCCGACGCGGACUUCAGUGCGGCCAGCUAGCCAUCUCACUGUUUCCAGCGUCCUUGGGAGUUCCGGAGUCCCCUGCUAACACGCUGACUGUCGCUAUGGGCAGAAGGUGCCCCCAGGCUCGAGGGUGUCCAAGCAGCUCAUAUUGCAAAUUAUAACCGAUUUCUGACACCGUUGCUGACGCCCAGAAAUCCAUGUCAGAAGUACUUCCAGCUGACUCAGGUGGUGUCACCUUGGCAGUGUUUAUGGCCAGCAGUGGAACCACAGACGUUGCAAACCGGAACAGCCCAGCCACACCACCCAACACCCUUAAUCUCCGUUCCUCCCACAAUGAACUGUUAAACGCUGAGAUCAAACACUCAGAUGCCAGGAACAGCACACCCCCCAAAUGCAGGAAGAAAUAUGCACUGACUAACAUCCAGGCGGCCAUGGGUCUCUCAGAUCCAGCCGUACAGCCUCUGCUGGGAAACGGCUCUGCCAACAUCAAACUGGUGAAAAAUGGGGAGAACCAACUCCGCAAGGCUGCAGAACAGGGGCAGCAGGACCCCAACAAAAACAUCAGCCCCACAGGGGUCAUCAACCUAACUUCCGAGAAGCUGGAGGUUAAAGAUCUCCACCCACCGGAGUCCUCAGGCUGUGAGAUUUUGCCCUCCCAGCCCAGGAGAACUAAGAGCUUCCUCAAUUACUAUGCAGAUCUAGAAACCUCGGCUAGAGAGCUGGGACAGAAUCUGGGCCCCUGCCAAGGGGUCGGGGAGGAGAAAGCCCAGCCAGGCCCAGGCCAGGCCCCUGUAGUCAUUGGGAAUGGUGAUUUGCUCCUGCAGAAACCAGACAGACCCCAGUCCAGCCCAGAGGAUGGCCAAGUAGCCACAGUGUCAUCCAGCCCAGAGACCAAGAAGGACCACCCUAAAACAGGAGCCAAAACUGACUGUGCGCUCCACCGGAUCCAGAACCUGGCACCGAGUGAUGAGGAAUCCAGCUGGACAACACUGUCCCAAGACAGCGCCUCCCCCAGCUCCCCGGAUGAAACAGCAGAUCUCUGGAGUGACCAUUCAUUUCAGACCGAUCCAGAUUUACCGCCGGGCUGGAAAAGAGUCAGCGACAUUGCCGGGACCUAUUAUUGGCAUAUCCCGACAGGAACGACGCAGUGGGAACGACCUGUCUCCAUCCCAGUGGACCUCCAGGGCUCUAGGAAAGGGUCACUUAGCUCUGUAACGCCAUCUCCCACCCCAGAGAAUGAGAAACAGCCAUGGAGUGAUUUUGCUGUUCUGAAUGGGGGAAAGAUUAAUAGUGACAUUUGGAAGGAUUUGCACGCAGCCACAGUUAACCCAGACCCCAGUCUGAAAGAGUUCGAAGGGGCCACGCUACGCUAUGCAUCCUUGAAACUCAGAAACGUCCCUCAUGCUGAUGACGAUGAUUCUUGUAGCGUCAACAGUGACCCAGAAGCCAAGUGUUUUGCUGUGCGCUCUCUGGGCUGGGUAGAGAUGGCAGAGGAGGACCUUGCCCCCGGGAAGAGCAGCGUUGCCGUCAACAACUGCAUCCGGCAGCUUUCCUACUGCAAAAAUGACAUCCGAGACACAGUCGGCAUUUGGGGAGAGGGCAAAGACAUGUAUCUGAUUUUGGAAAAUGACAUGCUCAGCCUGGUGGACCCCAUGGACCGCUCCGUGUUACACUCCCAGCCCAUCGUGAGCAUCCGCGUGUGGGGUGUGGGCCGAGACAAUGGCCGAGAGAGGGAUUUUGCUUAUGUCGCAAGAGACAAGGACACGAGGCUUCUGAAAUGUCACGUGUUUCGAUGUGACACACCAGCAAAAGCCAUUGCCACCAGUCUCCACGAAAUCUGUUCCAAGAUUAUGGCUGAACGGAAGAAUGCCAAAGCUUUGGCCUGCAGCUCCCUACAGGAGAGGACCAACAUGAGUCUCGACGUCCCUCUGCAAGUAGAUUUUCCAACACCAAAGACAGAGCUGGUGCAGAAGUUCCACGUGCAGUACCUGGGCAUGUUACCUGUAGACAGACCUGUCGGCAUGGACACCCUGAACAGUGCCAUAGAAAAUCUUAUGACCUCAUCCAGCAAGGAGGAUUGGCCUUCGGUGAACAUGAACGUGGCGGAUGCCACUGUGACCGUCAUCAGUGAGAAGAACGAAGAGGAAGUCUUGGUGGAGUGCCGAGUGCGGUUUCUGUCCUUCAUGGGCGUCGGGAAGGAUGUGCAUACAUUCGCCUUCAUCAUGGACACUGGGAACCAACGCUUUGAGUGCCACGUGUUUUGGUGUGAGCCGAACGCUGCCAAUGUGUCAGAAGCCGUCCAGGCUGCCUGCAUGUUGCGAUACCAGAAAUGCUUGGUAGCCAGGCCACCUUCCCAGAAAGUUCGACCCCCGCCCCCGCCCGCGGACUCCAUGACUAGAAGAGUCACAACUAAUGUAAAACGAGGGGUCUUGUCUCUCAUUGACACUUUGAAACAGAAACGCCCCGUCACAGAAGCACCCUAGCAGCUCGGGGCUCGAAGGAUUCUGUCACUUUUACCUGAAAAACAUCAAACAGCUCCACUAAAGAAGCUGACGGCUGGCCUUCCAUUCAGUUGCUGAUGCUUUGUCUCCAGAGAAUUUUAUCCUUAAGCAAACAGUGUUCAACAAGCAUGUGAUCUCGUCCUGCCGCCAUCAUGUGAUAUGAAAAGAAGCAUGAGUUUUUGUUUUGUUUUGUUUUGUUUUUCUGUUAAGUUACAUCAUGAGGAGUGGGAGGUCUUUUUCUUAUUGUAAAUAUUGUGAACAGGACUUCACACACACUCAGAAGGAUGGGGCCACACCCUUCCGAGAGAACGAACGCUGCGCGCUUGGAGUGAACAAUGCCCAAGUUCAUUUCUCUGUCCUCUGGAUUGGAACUGCCACAAGCAACGUUGGGGUCCCUCGGCACUGUGCCCUGUUUUCGGCUUUUCACACAGUCAGACCCUGAGUUACAGAUACCAUUGAAUUGCUCUCAAAAAUAAGGUGACACAUUUGGGUUUCAGUUUUUCAUAAAAGUGAACCUGUCAGUUGACAGAUAUUGGCUGUUGGCAUCAAUCCAGACAUCACCCAGCCAUUUUCCUCAGCGAGCUUUCUCAUGCAUGGACACGGUUUCAUGUCUCCAGCUGUUUGGGGUGCUGGGCAAAGGAAAACUUUAAAAUUGAUAGAAAACUAAAUUUGAGGAGUUAAAAUCAAGCAAAAAAAAAAAUAGCCUUUCUUUUCAGAUGGUUUUCAAACUGGUUGCUUAAAAAAGAGAGAGAGAUUAACAGUCAUCGUGCAUUUGGGAUGGGACGUAUUUCAAACUUCUGCCUUACAUUGUACAAUGCAGCUAGAGAAUUCAAGUAUACUAUGGCCAUUCUCUACCCACACCUGAAAAUGAAAUGUUCCUACACUUUCCAUCCUUAGUUUGAUAACGAGCUAAUAUGCACUUUAGAGUUGAGGAAAUGUCAUUUAUAUCUCUGUCUCACACACACACACACACACACACACUAUGGUUUUAGAUUUCCACUGUCUGACUCUUGUUCACAUCCUGGAGGUAAAUGUCCUCCUAGGAUUUCCAAUCUGCUACCACCUUUCUCUGUGCUUUUUGUCCAGAAAGCUGUCUACCCAUCAUAUCUUGUCCAUGGCAACAAUUUAAGUUGUACUUUUCUUGAAUUUAUGUAUUCAAUGUUAGAAAUUUGGUAAGACUUGACUAAGUAUGUUUUAAUAUUUCUAUUUUUCCAUUUUACUUUCAAAAGAUUUUUUUUCUUCUCUGAACAAAAUAUACACAGAAAUAAUGGAUUGUUUGAUAAUGUCCCCCAGAUAUCAUUUUCUUGCCUCUUUUUAUGUAGCUAAGAAACCUAACUAUAAAGAUACACCAAUUUAGACUCUUGUUGACAUUAUUUUAAAAAGAAGUUGCAAAGGCGAUCAAUCUUAAUAUUAUUCUUGUUGACUUUUAGUGUCAAAAUUAAUAUCAUUAUAAAAGUAAUGCUUUAUGUUUAUACACUGCUUUGCAGCUGUUGGGAAUGCUUUCACCAGUUUUAUCACAUUUGAGCCUUAUGAGGUAGAAGAGGUACUGAACUCACUGAAGAAAUCAAAAUGCACAGUGUUUUGUAUUAAGAGGCUAAGUGGCCGAGGGUCUCACCAAAGUUCCUGAGAGCCAGAAUUAGGACCCACGUCUCCCAGCUUUGCCACAGUAUGCCUCCUCCACACAGUCAGGAAGACCCUUCACAAAUGCCUCCUCCACACAGUCAGGAAGACCCUUCACAAAUGCCUCCUCCACACAGUCAGGAAGACCCUUCACAAAUGCCUCCUCUACACAGUCAGGAAGACCCUUCACAAAUGACUCUGGGUCCAGACAAAGAACAGGUAUUGAAAAUACUGUCAGGCAAUUUCAGAAUUCCCGUGUGUGUUAAGGAAAAUGUCCAGUGGCAUUUGUUGUUAAGACCAUUGUCCUUUCUUAGUCCAGGACUGUGUUCCUCAAAAAUGUUGUAGAGGACAAAUGUCUGUCCUCGGCCUCCUGUUCCAAGCUGAGAUUUUCUAGAAAUUACAUUACGUUGUGGUAAUCACAAGAGUGUGAUGAAGUGAGUGAGUAUCUUCCACCCGUGGGUCCCUCAGAAAACCCGUAGAGUCAGAUGCAGAGGACCUGGACUGUUUGCUGGCAUCCGCACAUUACUGUAAAAGUGAUGUUACUUGAGAAAAUGCAUUAACACUUGGUGCCAACUUGCACACUAGCUGAAGUAACUGGUGCCUCCUGAGACCUGUCUGCGUUCAGAAAACCUUAUUGUGCCCAGAGAAAAACUGUUCAGAAUCCCGUUCUCAUGGUCUCUCAUUUUGAGCUCCACGGUGAAAUGUUUUAAUGCACUCCGCUUCAAAACUCUAAAGUCAUCCAUGUUUCUAUAGGAAGACUCUACCCCAAACCCUGUUCGUUUUUUGAGACAUACAUUUGUUUGCUUUCAGGAUCAAGAAUACUGAGCUAGCUUUAAGUAGCAGACUGAUUUCUAUAUGCAAUUUUAGGAUGCGGUAAGAUGAAUGGUAGCCUUUACCCCAUGAAACACUCUUACUGCAGGUCUUUUGUUUCGAAAAUAGCUUUGCGUACUAACUGCAGGUUGAUUUUAUAAAAUUUGUUAUGUUAAACAAUAUGUUCAGACAACUUUCUGCCAUGGCCAAAAAGUAUGUAUGAAAGUAUGUUUGCAUUUGUCUGUGAAAGGAUGCCAAUGUUUUCCCUGAGAUCUUAGUGAUACUUCGGUUAUCUAUGCAUUCUGUAUAUCUGUGAUUCGGUGAACAGGCAGCCGCGGUCACUAUAUGCCUUGUGUGUCUUAUCAUUUUUUUAAUUAACUUGUUAAAUACAGCUUAAAAUAUUUUUAUUUUAUUUAUUCUAUUUUUACUGAAAUAUACUGCAUUGUUGUGUUAAUGUGUUCUCUUUCCCGGGUAUAAUGUCAGUGUACCCGGAUCUAAGUAAUCUCAGUGAACUACAUCGCCUCAACGGUGGCUUUGUAAUGAUUUGUAGUCACAUUUCUAUUGGACUAUGUAGAAGCAAGGGCAAAACGCUUAAAGUUCCUUUUAUUUUUUAAAAGCAACUAGGUAGAUGUGCUCUUCCCACCUUACCUGUGUUCCUUGGCAUCAUCAACGUGGUAGCCAACAUGCCUAUGGCUAAGGACUUUCCUUUGUAGACUAAGGCACUGUGUGGUGCUUCAUUUUUAUAUCCUUCAUAAAGCGUGUGAUUUCAUCAGAGAGAUACACGUAUCUCCAUGUGCCCUUUGUUUCCACCUGGAUUCAAGAUCACCUACAGCUAAUUAGAACCAUUGUUUGGUUUGUCUGUCUGUCUUAUUGCAUGAAGGGACAUUAGACCCAUUUCCAUUAAAACAAAUUCUUGGUGAUACAA